CAUUUAUCAAAUGUCACCGAGCUGAUAACAGAUGUCAUAACACCAUUCUUCAAGGAGUGUGAUAUACAUAUACUCCAGGCAGACAGAAAGAUAAGAGACAGACAGACAGACAGACAAGCAGGCAGAUAGACAGAGACAGAUAGGCAGAUAAACAGGCAGACAGACAGAUAGACAGACAGACAGGCAGACAAACAGAUAGAUACAGACAGAUAAAUAGACAAGAGAGACAAGACAUGUUUGUGUGUAACAGUGAUAACAAAUACAGUGAGGGUUAGCUGGAGCAGUGGGCAUUCAUCAAUUGUCACUGGGCUGUCAACAGUAUAAGGAUGCCUUUCAUAACAACAUGCUUCAAGGUAUAUGCCAGGGUAUCUAAAACAUUGCUGGGACCUAUAAAUACUUUGUAUAUAUUUCUAGACAGUAAUAAAUAACCCAAGCAGGUGUAAAUGUUCACCUGUCAAUGUGAUUAUGACAAUUUGAGCACUAUUUCAGUACCUAAUAUUAGUGUCAGAACAAAGAUUGGCUGUGAAAUUACGAGAACUAUUAUAAAUUGUAAUUCUCAGAGCAUAAAAAUAUAUAAAUUAAAAUAAAAACGAGAAAAAAAGGUAUAUCGGCAACAGUCGACGUUGCCGACAGAUGAGCAUCCAGAGCCAACUUCACGGUCUUAUAUCUCGAGCAACUAUUAUUAAGGAGAUCACAAUAACAAUGGAAACUCAUGGACUGAGUGUGGAUCGACGACAUGUGAUGUUACUGGCUGACCUCAUGACUUGCCGUGGCCAGGUCCUCGGUAUCACCAGACACGGACUUUCAAAAAUGAAGGAAUCUGUUCUUAUGCUUGCUUCUUUUGAGAAGACAGCUGACCACUUGUUUGAUGCAGCAUAUCAUGGCCAGAGUAACCCCAUUAAGGGUGUUAGUGACUGCAUCAUUAUGGGGAAGCCCAUGAAUAUUGGUACAGGAGUAUUUAAACUUCUCCACAACCACCACAGAGACCCCAAACCCAGAAUGCGGAAUCUCUUGUUUGAUCACCCUGAUAUGCAUGUUCCUCUGCCUCUCAGUGGCUGGUCCUAGUACAGUAACUUAUGUGUAAAACUGACAAAGUUGUGUGAGAUGCUUUAGUGAGUAUUUAGAAAUUGCCUGAAUGUUGAAAGUAUUUUUAUCUGUAUGGUAGUGUUUACAACAGAGAUUGCCAAUUUGAAAGUAGAAUACUUGCAAAAACGUUAUUUAUUGUCUUUCUACCUAAAUUAAAAUUUACUGUAGUGUACCGUACUCUGAUUUCUAUAAUUAUUGUUUUUUAUUGAAGUGCUGAAAGUAUUCAGUCAGUAAUGUUUACCAAACAAGUACAGUGUUGGAGACAGAGAAAAGUUUUCAUUAAGAUUAAUUCCAGUUAAUAUAUCAGCAUUUUUUUAGCCUUUUAUUAUCAAGUUUUCACCGUAAAAUUUCAAAUGUUUUUUAUUCAUAUUUUUCAAAAAUAUUGUAUGGUACUGUAUAUGCUUUACAUUGUGCAAAAAUCAAUGUACCUUACCAACAAAGAUUUGUUUUAUU